AUGUCGUUACCCACUGCUGUAUACUCUUCUCCUACGCAUGAUAAGCGGGUUUUCACUGUUGAUCCGCUGAAAGAUCGUUAUCGUACUACACAAGGUGCUACAACAGGCCCAUCAUCGCAUGUACUACAGGCAGGUCAGAUUGACAGAGAUUGUCCAAGUGACCCUAAGAUAGGUCCAUCAGGGGAACCAACCGCACUGUCACAGCUACGUUGUCAACUGACUGGCCUUCAAGACGAUAUAAACGAGUUUUUGACUGAAGAGAUGGAGCUGGUGAAGGUGAAGAAGCUGAAAACAGAUAGUAGUGAUGCCACUGCUGCGAAAGAUCAAAGGUUUGAAAAGGAAAUAGAAAAGCUGCUUGACGGCGAUGAUGGGGUAGAAGACUAG